CAAACGUGAACCGCUCGACUGAUUGACUUAGCUUAUUUCCACGCCGGCACAAACACCACCACCCGACCAUAUAGCUGCUUCGACACAUCAAACAGCUCAAUAUCCACUUCCAGUAGCUCUCUCUAUUCGCUGUAGGCGUCGUCGCCGCCUGCGCGCCUCCUUGUCUGCAUUUCUUCCUCGCCCCUUGGCUCCCCUCCCACCCCGCCGCUCCAAGCAUGCCUCCCAAGCCACCCGCAAAGCCCAAGGCCCGCGCCACCGACGAUGACAUCGACGACCUGUUCAAGGACAUCGACGACGAAGCUCCAGUGAAGAAGCCCGCCGCCAAGUCCAAGGCUGCGCUCAAGGCGAAGCCCGACGAGGAUGACGACGCCGACAUCCUCGCCGAGCUCGAGGACCAGCUGGGCGAGGCACCCGCAAUCUCCCGCCCCCAGACCCCCCGCGUCAAGGAGAAGCUCGCGAAGCGGCCUGCGUCCGAGAAGGCCGGCUCCGACGAUAAGACGUCCACGGCCGCCCGCAAGUCGGUCGACAGCUCCCGCGACUACCACUCGUCCUUCACCCCGAGCGCCUCCAGCUCCGAUGUGCAUGAUGUCGAUAAGAGGGACACGGCACCCGCAGCCGCCGCUCCUGCUGCUGCUGGCAGCAGCUGGUGGGGGGGCAUUCUGGCCAGCGCGACUGCGACGGCCUCGGCUGCCAUGAAGCAAGCCGAGGAGGCUGCGCGCCAGCUCCAACAAAGCGAGGAGGCCAAGAAGUGGGCAACUCAGGUCCAAAGCAAUGUUGGCGCCAUCCGGGGAUUCGUUGGUGAGGAAAUUCGACACCGUGCCCUUCCCACCUUCAGCGACAUCCUCCACACGCUCGCGCCGCCCAUCGCCUCGCACGAGCGCCUUUCGAUCCACGUCACACAUGACAUCGUCGGUUACCCCUCGCUCGACCCUCUCGUCUACUCCGUCUUCUCGCGCGUCAUGGCCCAGGUCGAGGGCGGCGACCUGGUGGUCAUCCAGCGUGGCCAGGAGAACACGGCCGGCCGGCCACGCUCGAGCUCCCAGCUCUUUGCGUCAAGCGACCCCAGCACAUACGGCUGGCGCGACGGCCCCUGGUGGCGUGCCGUCGACUCACCCCGCAACCUGCGCGCCGUCCGCGGCUUGCCCGAGGGCACCAAGCUCUGCCGCGUGUCGGCUGAGGCCUACGCCGACGAGUACUACAGCGCCCACGGCGGCCUCGAGCUCGCCCGCCAGCGCGCCAUUCAGCCCGUCUCCGAGGACAACCCGGUCCGCAGCUCGGAUCUGUUCCUCGCUCUACAGGCCAUCACCAUCAAGAGCGAUGAGGGCGAGCUCUUUAAUGCCUCUACUGCCACCGCCGCCUCUGCCAAGGGCAAGGAGGAGUCCGACGAUGACGACGAGGAGUCUGACGAGGACGACGAGAAGGAGGACACGGCAGACAAGGAGCAGAUUGUAUUUGCCGUCUACGUGCUCGACCCCGUGCAUGACAUCUCAUUCCACGCCGUCAGCCAGGCCGUGCCCGCCGAGUGGCUGCGCUGGAUGGACGCGGCGCCCCCGCUGACGCCGGCGAGCAGUGGCGGCGACGACCCAGAUGGCGACGCGGCCGGGUUCCUGGGCCGCAUACCAGAGGAGAUCCGCGACGUGGUCGAGAGCGGCGGCGUCGACCCGCGCGAGUGGGUGGCCGAGUGGCUUGAGGAGCUACUCAACCUCUCGGUCGGUGUCGUCGCCCAGCGCUACGUCGCCCGACGCAUGGGUGUCGGCAUCGGCGGCCUCGGUAAGGGCAAGAGGAGGACCGAGACGGUCGUGCAGGAUGGCGGUGGCGAGGCCGCGCGCGCCGGCCUGAUUUGAAGCCGCGGGAAGGAACAAGUGGGAGGGGUGGCCUUCCGCUUUUCUUCCUUUGGUGCCUAGGUAGGUGCUCUGUGACAGUGGAGGGGCGGCGCCGUCUGGUCAUAUUGUCCUUUUGCCGGGUUGUUGGGGUGUCGGCUGCAACUGCCUCGGCACCGGCUAGUACCAGUGCUGUUGUAUCGAGUUUUCUUGGGUGGUUGACUUAUUUACUACAAUAUCACAAACGAAAGCAACUACUGUUCAUUGUUAACCAAUUUUUGGUUGUCAUGGAGCAAGGUAACAAUUAGCUACCUAGGUACCUAACUAG